GUUUUGUUAUAUUAUUUCUGCAACAGCAGAGAUAACCAGUGGGUUUUGGAGAGGAAAUGAUGCUGGAGCAAUUUGCAGUGUUGGCUGCAAUCCUGGGAUUAGCAGCUAGCCAGUGUCCUCAGAACCUAGGCUCCUGCAAGUGCUUCAGGGCCACAGUGCCUGGGGCCAAGCCAAUCCUAGAUUGUUCCCUAGUGGUCCAUCCUCAAGAGUUCCAAAACAUUGAAGGCCUCAAACCAGGUUUUGCAGGUGGAUCACCAGUGUUCUCUCAGAUCAUCAUCAGGAGGUCUCAGCUCAGGGAACUGCCACAGGCUGCCUUUGGCAUUGCACAAGCUGAUGAAUACAUCAUUGAGAACAACCCUCAGUUGGAGUCCAUGCAAAGGAUGGCCUUGGGCAAGAAUGCCAACCCAAAGAUCAUUUCCAUCAGGAAUAAUCCCCUGCUGGAGGUCUUGCAAUAUGAGGACUUUGCUAUGUUCAGCAACUUGGAAAUCCUCAGGCUGAAUGACAACAGGAUCCUGGAAGUGCCUGAUUAUGCAUUUGAUGGAAUCAGCAGGCGCUUGAGGGAGAUUCACUUGGAGAGGAAUGUCAUUUUGGACAUGGGACCAUUUGCCUUCAGGGGUCUGCCCAGUCUGAAGUUCCUCAGCCUGGCAGAGAAUCAGAUUGGAGAAAUCCCAACUGCAGCUCUUUUCUUCAGCACUCCUCCAGAUUUGGUUGACUUGUCCAAUAACAAAAUUGUCACUAUUGAUGGAGAAGCCUUUUCUGAUCCUGCAUUCCCAAAUAGGGGUUCAUAUGCCAAGCAUGUGGACUUCAGCAACAAUGACAUCUCAGCAUUGGAAAGGGCAGAAUGGGAGACCAUUUUCUCACAGAUUGACAGACUGGAGAAGCUUUCCAACCCAACAACCACCUCUGCUCCCUUCACUGCACCUCUGUUCACUGAUCCUCCACCUACUUUCCCUCCAGUGACUACCACAACUACCACAACCACUACUGAGGCACCAACUCCUGCUCCAGCACCUGUUGUGGUACCACAGGCACCUGUUCCACAAGCUCCAAAUACUGAAAACCUACUUUUGAGCAUUUUGGAAAGAUUGCAACUGUUGACAGGAAACUUCAUGCAACCAACCACUACAACUCCUCCACCACCACCACCACCACCAUCCACCACCACCACCACUACUGCUGCUCCCACACAGCCUCCAAGCACAGCUGCACCUUCAACCACCACCACCACCACCACAACCACUACCACAACACCUCCACCACCACCACCAACAACUCCAGAGCCCACUGCAGCACCCCAAGAACUGGUUCCAGCUGAACCAUCAUCUGCUCUCACAGCUUUUGGACCUUUCCUGAAGAUCAGGGAAGAAUUGCUGGCAGCCAUCAGGACUAACCCUGCUGCAGCAGUGGCAGCUGCAAGUGCUGUGCAAGCUGCUGCUCAAGCAGCUGCUCAAGUGGUGGUGUCUGAGCCCAAGGUGGCUGCUGAGCCUGCUGCACCUGCCAUAGAGACCAACAACAAUCUGGAGACUAUCCCAGCAGUUGUGAGGAGGAAGAGACAGAGUUUGCUUCACAGUGCCCCUGUUGAGCUUGCCUCUGCUUACACUAUGAAUUUCAAUGGAAACCCAAUCAUCUGUGACUGUGAUGUCAAGUGGGUCUUUGACUUCAGACACAGAUAUGAAGACCAAGUGCAGAACCUCAACUGCCUGGAGACCAGGGAUUCAAUUUUCAAGCUGCAUUUUGGUCACUUCCGCCGCUGCUAGUCCAACUUUUCACUAAAUUAAUUAUUUUUAUUCCUUUGCUCAAAACAUCUGCCAUUUCUUACUCUUUUUCCAUGGAUUGAUGAUCAGUGCUUCUUUGUGGUGCUCAGCAUUGGAAGGCCUGCUUUCUGUUGAACAAAUAAAAAGAGGUCAUUGGUGUUCUUAAACACA